UUCCAGCGUCGCAGAAGAGUUCCGCCCCGCUGUAAGCUAUGUUUUUGAAAGACAAAAUGGGCAAAUGUCGCAGUUUUUCAGUAUAGUUUGCGCACUUAGCUCUCAUUAUUUUAACGUUUUCAAUGGAGUAUGGCUUCGUUGACUGUCACUGUCAUAUAUCGGCCCGUGAGUUUGAAGAGGAUCUAGAGGAUGUGAUCCAAAGGACCAGGGAGGCUGGGGUAAAGACUUUAGUUGCAGUUACAGAAGAAGCCAGAGAGUUUGACAGAGUUCUCCAGCUGCAGGAACGUUAUCCGGAUCUGGUGGCUCCAUGUUUCGGCAUCCAUCCGCUGCAGGGAGGCGAGGGCCCCGCACAGCGCAGCGUGAAGCCUCAGGAGCUGGAUGCUGCCCUUCCACAGUUCUUCAAACACAGGGAACGCCUCGUCACUAUCGGAGAGAUUGGUUUAGACUUCACGCCAUGGUGUGCUCCCACUCAGCAGGACCGAGACGGCCAGAUGGAUGUCUUCGUUAAGCAGCUAAACAUCGCCAAGGAGCUUGACCUGCCUGUGAACGUCCACUCCCGAUCAGCUGCGAAGGUCGUCAUAGCGACCAUGAGAGAACAAGGUGUCAGUCGGGCUCUGCUUCAUAACUUUGCGGGGAAGCUGGCGGUAGCUCUGGAGGGCGUGAAGGCCGGAUUCCUCUUCUCCUUCCCCCCCGCUGUCUGCAGGAACCAACAGAGAGACAAACUGAUCAAGCAGAUCCCGCUGGAACACAUCUGUCUCGAAACUGACUCUCCUGCACUGGGGCUCGACAAGCAUGUGAGGAACGAGCCUUGUAACAUCGUUCUGUCCUGCCGGUACAUCGCUGACGUCAAAGGUCUGUCGUCACAAACUGUUCAGCUCGUCACCGCACAAAAUGCACGCCGACUUUUUCCCAAAAUUGACACACGUGUUUCUGCCUGAGGGUGGCGCCAGAGGCAACUCAAAGAAAGGAGUUAUCGGCUUAACAUUUCAUCACUAUAGGCCGGGCUGCGUGAGGGCGCUUUCACACCUGCAGGUCUCGGUACGCUUUCAAUCAAACUCUGGAGUGGUUAGUUUGUGGUGAGAAUGUGAUCCGACCUUGCACCGCACCAACUAUAUUUAUAUUCCCCCAGUCUGAGCUAAUGUCUGCUGUAGUCAGGUGGGCUUCGCAAUAUGCGAUGCAGCAGAAACCAGCCGCCGCUAAAGUCGGAGACAGACACCGGCAGAGCAGAGCGAGGUGUAGGCGACCAGAGCAGAUGUAGCAACAUCGCUUGCGAAACAAUGUCUGAUUUAAUUUCAAUGAAAUGAGCUGGUUUGACCAUGGAGAUGCAGGAAAUAUGCACGAGUACGGAACACAGGACCUUCUUCCUGUAUUAACUUUCUUGCUCCCGCCCCCAGACACAUCUGACCAAUAAGAGGAGGGAACGUUUUUUUAGUGUGAUUUAAAAAUGACACAUUUUGGUACCGUAGGAAUAUUUUAUAAAGAGUAUGAUGUCAUGUUGGUAUGUGCUAGUUGCAAAAGAGCUGUGUGCAGUCAAAUUGAGGAAGUGGUUAAAAGUAUUCCGGAUGACCUCUUGGUGCACAGAAGGUUAAGCUUAAGUCAUGAAAAUAGUGUAGGCCUUAUGGCAUAAAAGUGCAUUUUUUUAAAGGUUACGAGAACAAGAAGAGGAAGUUACAGUUACACCACAAAGAGGCCCCAACCCUGACGUGUGUGAUGUAUGAAGAUAGCAGUUUCUGCCUAG